UCCUGAUUUCAUCUUUACCUCAACCCUGAUCAUCCAAAAAAAAAAAAUACAAGGUUGAUGGCUUCUAAAACUAACUUUGAGAUGGUUCUUAAAGAAGUUUCCAGGGAGAGGUUGAAGGCUGAGCUCUCGAGGGGUUCGUUUUUUAGAACGCUUGGGUUUGGGUGUCCCAGUGCAGUAGCCCAGCCUCCUCGUGUAACUUCAUGGUCGGCUAACUCAGGAAAUCAGCUCACUAGGAAUCUACAGAUUAAGCCAUGGGAAUUCAGUGAACACAGGACCAUGUGGGUUAGAUCCUACAGCAUGACUUUUUCCUGUUUGACCAGAGUAAAAACUGACAGGUCCCCUUGGAAAAGCUUAUACAGCACUUCACAAACAACGGUUGACAGCAAGGAGGUAAAAACCUUCUGGGCCCUACCUCACAAGUGGUGGGAUGAGCAUGGAGCAUUCGCACCUCUUCAUUCUAUGAAUGACCUGAGGGUGCCCUUCAUUAGAGAUAAUCUUUUGAAAACAAGUGCUAAUCACCAUCCAGGGAAGCCUUUGUCUGGGAUGAAGAUUCUUGAUGUUGGCGGUGGCGAUGGUUUAUUAACGGAACCUCUAGGGCGACUGGGGGCUUCAGUUACUGGAAUCGAUCCUGUGGCUGAAAACAUUAAGAUAGCACAGCACCAUAAGUCAUUUGAUCCGGUCCUGGAUAAGAGGAUACAGUACAAAGUGUGUUCCCUGGAGGAGACUGUGAAUGAGGAUGCAGAAGUUUUUGAUGCUGUUGUGGCUUCUGAAGUUGUGGAACAUGUGAUCGACCUUGAAAUGUUCAUACAGUGCUGCUAUCAAGUAUUAAAACCUGGUGGCUUCUUAUUCAUUACUACAGUCAACAAAACACUGCUGUCCUACGCCUUGGGCUUUGUUUUCGCAGAACAAAUCGCGGGCAUUGUUCCAAAAGGUACUCACACUUGGGAGAAGUUUGUUUCACCUGAAAAGCUAGAGAGUAUUCUGGAACUAGAUGGUCUGCCAGUUAAAACUGUGGCAGGGAUGAUCUAUAAUCCCUUCUCAGGUUAUUGGCAUUGGAGUGAAAAUACCAGCCUUAACUAUGCAGCACAUGCUGUGAAGUCCAGUGCAUGGGCACACCCAGAACCUGCCGAGUCUGCUUUAAAGGCGGACCCAGAAGCACCGCAGGCUAAUGCCUCCAGUAGCCCACGUGUACAGAAGAGCUGAAGAAAAGAGAUACCUCCGAGGACAGUAGUAAUAUGCUGAAAAGUUUAUUGUUUACAAAUUCAAAAAGCUUUUUUGAGUGAGGUCCUGAAGAACUAAAGGUCAAUAAAAAUAUCUAAAUCAUUGGGAAAAAAAAAAAGUUUCCA